AUCAUUUCGAACGUAUUUCGUCAGAAACUUUAUACGUAAAUUCGCGGCCAAGGCGGAGGUAUUUAAAGGAGGUACGCGCUCCGCAGUGGAAUCAGUCGCGUUUUAGUUUCCAUUUGGUACGUAUCUUUUCUACGAUUAUAAAUUUAAGACAUUAAAUUAAUGUUAAUUAAUCAACUAAGUAAUAAAUUAACUAAAGCUUCUUUGGCGACUUUAACUCAUUUUCGAUACUUUUCAAGUUUGAACGCGGCCUUGUUAACACCUAAGAAGUAUUACAUCAGCAUUUCAUCCUUAAAUUACCUUACACGUCGAUACAGUACCGUAGAUAAAAUGGCAGAUAACUCAGGAUACCUCCCAGACCCAAAAGGAUUCUCAACCACCGCAAUUCACGCAGGUCAAGACCCAGACCAAUGGGAUUCAAUGUGUGUAGUACCACCAAUCGUUCUAUCAACUACUUUUAAACAGUUUGGUCCAGCCAAUUUCAAAAAAUAUGAAUAUGGAAGAAGUGGAAAUCCGUCAAGAGAUGUAUUGGAACAAUCCCUCGCUGCAUUAGAAAAAGCAAAACAUGCCGUUUGCUUCGCUUCCGGUUUAGGUUCUUUAACCGCCUUAAUGAGCGUUUUGUCGAAUGGCGAUCAUAUAAUCUGCUGUGAUGAUAUGUACGGUGGCAAUUUCCGUUUGCUUGAUAAGGUCGGACGGAAAUUCGGAAUUGAGUCAACAUGCGUCGAUACAACUAAUCUGGAUAAUAUUAAAAAUGCUAUUAAAGCAAACACAAAGAUGAUCUUCAUAGAAAGUCCCACUAAUCCUCUAUUAAAAAUCACCGACAUUUCUGGAGUAGCUGAAAUUGCCAAAAAUAAUAAAAUACUUUUCGCUAUUGAUAAUACUUUCUUAACGCCAUAUUUACAACGUCCCCUUGAUCUUGGCGCCGAUCUUUCAACUUAUUCUCUUACAAAGUACAUGAACGGACAUUCUGAUGUUAUUAUGGGGGCUAUCGUUACUAAUAACACCGAAUUAGCGCAACAGUUAAGAUUUUUACAAAACGCAAUGGGAAUAAUUCCUGGUCCAUUUGAUUGUUCGAUGGUAACGAGAAGUUUAAAAACUUUAUCUCUACGCAUGCAAAAGCAUCGUUCUAACGCAGUUGCAGUAGCCAACUUUUUAAGCACGCACCCGAAAGUAUUAAAAGUUAUUCAUCCAGCUUUACCGUCGCAUCCACAACAUGAAUUGGCUAAAAGACAAACUUCUGGUCAUUCAGGCGUCUUCAGUUUUUAUAUUGACGGCGAUUUAAAAGCUUCUGAAACUUUCCUUAAAAGUAUUAAGGUAUUUACGCUUGCUGAAAGUUUGGGUGGAUAUGAAAGCUUGGCGGAAUUACCGGCGAUUAUGACGCAUGCUUCAAUUCCUGCUGACGUACGUAAAGAAUUGGGAAUUACCGAUAAUUUUAUUAGGAUAUCAGUGGGUUUGGAGGAUCCUGAAGAUCUGAUUGGAGAUUUAAAGAAUGCUUUAGAAGCUAUUUAAUUUGUAUUUAUGAUUUAUUUUUUUACAUUUUAAUUAUUUCUUUCUGGUAUAAAGCGAUCGAGAUUAAUUUCU